GCAUCAGCCAAACUUGUCUUUAAAUAGCCAAAAGCGCGAAUACAAAACUAUGCCAUCCCAAGAUACUUUAGACCUUCUGGCGCGUUUGAAAUCCGCAGCCUUUCCAGGUGUGCCUCUUGAAGAGUUACCAGAAACAUUCCAGUUACCGACUUCAAUUGCAGGACCUCUGACUUAUGAUGACAUUAGACGGGACAUUGAAAAAGAGCACCUUUUACCCAGUAAUACCUUCUCAACUGAGUGGCUCAACAAAUGUCAGGAAGUUUUCGAUAGAGAUCAGGAGUUCAAUACCUUACUCUUAAUGGAGCCCUCGCCCGCAGAAUCCACUAUCGCAUUGGAACCUCAUAAUGUGUAUGGUGUCCGGGGUGGAUACUAUGAGAAAAACUUGCGUUCGACUCACCUCGUUGGUUCCAAUGCUAUAGCCAGCACUUCCAUCAUGACCGCUAAAAACUCCACAAGCUUUGCUCGUGCUCCUGGAAAAAGAACAGAUUUCGUAAGAGGCAAAGCGGGCUAUUUCCCCUUCACACCCGGUGGACUCGAUCUAGAAGAAAUCAAAGGCGUUGGUCCCCUGGAGGCAGAAAAAGCCGCGCUCGGCUUGGAUGAUAUCGACAUUGCGAAGACGAUUGCUGAGAAUUUAUCGAUAGAGUCUGAGGGAUGGUUGACAAAGCCUCCUGGUUUCACUAGAGGCCUUUUCUCGGAUGAAGAUACAGAUGGAGAGGCCCAUGCUCAUGGGGUGGAUGGAACAACUACAGCUGACUCUAAUAAGCUGAAUGGGGCCUUGUUCAAUAUCACAGAUAUCCUCUCGGGACAGGAUAUAGACGAGGAAGCAGACUUUGAAGCCUUGAUGGAUCCUGUACCGCAACCAACUGCACAGGAACCAGCGGAUUCGGCCGCAGAAGCGACAAAAGUCAAGGAGGAGACGAAGACUGGAGUAGCCGCCGAGAAAGAGACACCAGAUGAAGUGGAUACAAUUCUGGACAGUGUUAUUUCAGUAGCUGGAACAAAACGCCCCAUCAAAGCAGCCCAGACCAAGGGCCGUGAAUGGGCGCAUGUGGUAGAUGUAAAUGAGCCCUUUGAUGAUUUCUACACUCUAGUCCCAGAGAUGGCACAUCCGUAUCCCUUUGAACUCGACACAUUCCAGAAGAGGGCAGUCUAUCAUCUGGAGAAGGGCGAAUCUGUUUUUGUGGCGGCCCAUACUAGUGCUGGAAAGACAGUGGUGGCAGAGUAUGCAAUCGCUUUAGCCUCCAAACACAUGACCAAGGCCAUUUACACCUCACCCAUCAAGGCGCUAUCUAAUCAAAAGUUCAGGGAUUUUAAGGACACAUUUGAAGAAGUUGGAAUAUUAACAGGAGAUGUUCAAAUCAACCCCGAGGCUUCCUGUUUGAUUAUGACAACCGAGAUUCUCAGGAGUAUGCUUUAUCGAGGCGCUGAUCUGAUCCGUGAUGUCGAAUUUGUGAUCUUUGAUGAAGUUCAUUAUGUCAAUGACUUGGAGCGUGGAGUCGUCUGGGAAGAGGUCAUUAUUAUGCUUCCUGCGCAUGUCACGUUGAUCUUGUUAUCAGCUACGGUACCAAACACAAAGGAAUUCGCCGAUUGGGUUGGACGAACGAAAAAGAAAGACAUUUAUGUUAUCAGUACACCCAAGCGUCCUGUUCCACUAGAGCAUUAUCUCUUUGCUAAUCGAGAAAUCUACAAGAUCGUGGAUGCCAAACAAACAUGGCUCAACAAGGGUUACAAAGAUGCAGUGGACGCCAUAUCCAAGAAGGAAUCUGAUGCAAAAGUUGCUCAGCGGGGCGGCCGUGGAGGGGCUACAGGGCGUGGUGGCGGUGGACGUGGCGCUAUCGGUGGUGGUGGCGGUGGUUGGAGGAAUGACAAACAAGAUAAGAAUCUCUUCACACAUUUGGUUGGAUUCCUCAAUAAGAAACAGUUCUUGCCCGUUGUUGUUUUCACGUUUUCAAAGAAGAAGUGUGAGGAGAACGCAGCAGGGUUGUCGAGUACAGAUCUGAUGACUUCCUCGGAAAAGAGCCAAGUCCAUGUGUUCUUUCAAAAGUCGCUCGAACGAUUACACGACAUAGAUCGGGACUUGCCGCAAAUUACAAGGAUGAGGGAUCUGAUGGGCAGGGGUAUUGCAGUUCAUCACUCGGGACUCUUACCAAUUAUGAAAGAGAUGGUUGAAAUCAUGUUUGCCCGUGGUCUAGUUAAAGUCCUCUUUGCUACUGAAACAUUUGCAAUGGGCGUAAAUAUGCCUGCCCGCACAGUUGUAUUCUCAGGUAUUCGUAAGCAUGAUGGGCGUAGCUUCCGCAAUCUCUUGCCAGGUGAAUACACACAAAUGUCAGGCCGUGCAGGAAGACGUGGUUUAGAUUCGACAGGGUUAGUCAUCAUUGCCAGCAAUGGUGAUCCACCAGAGUCAACAGAUCUACAGGAGAUGUUAUUAGGCAAAGGAACAAGAUUAUUAUCCCAAUUCCGGUUGACCUAUAAUAUGAUCCUGAACUUACUUCGAGUUGAGGCUCUUCGAGUCGAAGAGAUGAUCAAACGCAGUUUCUCUGAGAAUACAUCUCAAAAAGCCAUGCCAGAAAAGGAAAAGCUGUUUGCGGAGAGUGCAAAGUCAAUGGAAAGCCUCAAGAAAUUGGAUUGUUUUAUCUGUAAUAAGGAUAUCGAGGAAUUUUACGACAUGUCUUCCAGAAUGGUGACAAUCAACCACCACCUGAUGGAUAGAGUUAUCAAGUUUGGCAUCAGGGCCCUUGGCGCUGGUCGCAUCGUUGUCUUGAAUAGCAGUUUCCACAGAAAUACCCUUGCAGUCAUCCUCAAGACAGUUGCUGAGGCUGACAUGAUGGCUAAGCAAUCUAAAUCUUAUUGGUGCUGUAUCAUGACCGAGGCUAAGAAAGAAAAACCUGUGGUUGAGCAGGAUGUUUUGAUUCCUGUUACACAACUCAGGGCCUCAAAUAUACAGGAAAUCAGCCUAGUUACUGAGGCUGUACCAUUCCAUGACAUCUUCACAAUCACCGACACCAGUCUCCAGAUUGAUGUCGACGCUAUCAUGCGGAAAGAUGUCCAGGCUGUUACCAAGGUCCGCAAGGACCUGAGCCGGUAUGCUGAAGAGGUUGAAGAACAAAAAGGAGGGCUUGUUACGGAAUACAAUUGGAAUAAGAUCAAGGAUCUUGAGUUCCGAGAAUAUCUCGCUCAAAAGAAGACUUUAUUCUCCAGAGUCCUGGAAUGCCAAUGUAAUAAAUGUCCAGACCUGAAGGCUCAUUAUGCCAUGAUCCACCAAGAGAGAGAGCUGAAAUAUAAAUUGGAAGAAUUGCAGCGCACGAUUUCUGAUCAAAAUCUGGAGCUCCUCCCAGAUUAUCAUCAACGCAUUGCGAUCCUCAAAGAGCUCAACUAUUUGGAUCCGGAGAGUUCGACUGUACAACUCAAGGGUCGAGUGGCCUGUGAGAUCAACAGUGCGGACGAAUUAAUCCUCACAGAGUUGAUCCUUGAUAACAUGUUCUCCGAGUUUGAACCCGAAGAGAUCGUAGCAUUACUCUCCUGUUUUGUCUGCCAAGAGAAGAAUGCGUCUGAACCGAACCUGACACCUCAAUUGCAAAGAGGCAAGGAGAUGAUCCUGGCUAUUGAAGAAAGGAUGGCAGAGGUUCAAAAAGCUUAUGGACUGGAGUCUGCGACUGCUCCGGGGUCGUCCGCUUUACGUUUUGGCUUGACUGAGGUCGUGUACGAAUGGGCUAGGGGAAUGAGCUUCAAGCAGAUCACAGACCUGACAGAUGUUCAAGAAGGUUCUAUUGUGAGAACAAUCCAUCGUCUGGAUGAGACAUGCAACGAAGUCAGAAACGCGGCGAGGAUGAUUGGAGAUGCGGCUCUGUACAAUAAGAUGGAGUUGGCUGGUCAAGCUAUCAAGCGUGAUAUUGUCUUUGCGGCUAGUUUGUAUUAUCAAUAAGGGUAUCAUUAGAGUGCAACAGGGCUUCAUGGUUUUAUCUGUAAUAGAAACGCUUUUGCGCUUAGAGAGGUU